CCAGCUGCUGUGUAGGACCUGUAGGUGCAAAACCAGAAUCACUGAGUCAGUUAUAUUCCGACAACAAAAUCACAAUGGCAACCUCCUCCAAAGCCAAGGUGAGCCUAAAACUCCUCAUUGACACCAAGGGCAAAAAGGUACUUUUUGCAGAAGCUGGGAAGGACUUUGUAGAUUUCCUAAUCAACCUUCUCUCUUUGCCCGUUGGAACCGUGGCCAAGCUCCUCUCAAACCAGGCCUCAACGGUGGUAGACAUGCCUCGGGCAGAAUCAAUUUUCGAUUCUGCCCUUGGCCUCAGCAAUCUCUACAAUAGCAUCCUUAACUUCGACGAUUCCUAUUUACACCCGAACAAAACAAAAGAAUCCCUUUUGAAUCCCAACACCCCAUUUUCCGCUGCCCGAAUUCCGCUCUUGCUUCCCGAAGGCUCCCCCGGUGCGUGGCCCAAGAAGUUUUAUACAUGCCCUGGGAACUAUGUGAACCACCCGUUUAUCGGUGAUAGUACCCGCGGCGUUUGUCCAAGUUGCAGAAAGAAUUUUUCCCAAGAGGUUCUUUUCCAUGGCGCGGGGGAUUCGGCGGAGAAAGCGGUGGCGGCGUGUGAGGUAGGUUUUGUGAAGGGAGGGGUGAUUUAUAUGGUUACCGAUGAGUUGGUUGUGAAGCCCGUGUCCCCUAUUUCUUGUAUUGGUUUGAUGGGUAAGCUGAAUGUUAAGGACGUGAGUGCACUUGAGGAGAGAGAGGUCGAUGUCGGUAUGGACGAGGCUUUGAAGCUGUUGAAGGCAAGUCUCCAGACAAAAACUGUGUUGACAAGUGUCUUCCUCGGGCACAAGGAUGCAUAAUGCUUCAAUUGACUGGACAGUGAAUUAACGUGUGUCUUCAUUUGGAUUUUUAGAUGGACUUUUUGUUCUGUUUUUUUUUUUUGGUUUCAAUAACUGGAUGUGUUUGAGCCAAUUUGUGAGUUCUUUGAAGUCAACAACCGAACAAACCGUGCAAUGUUCCUAAAGUUUGAAAUAUUUAACCUCUGUGGCAUUCAAACGUC